AGCACCAUGACUCUGGCUGCCUACAAGGAGAAGAUGAAGGAGCUGCCCCUCGUCUCGCUGUUCUGCUCCUGCUUCCUGUCAGACCCCUUGAACAAGCCAGCGUAUAAAUACGAAGCAGACACCGUCGACCUCACCUGGUGCGUCAUCUCGGACAUGGAGGUCAUUGAGCUGAACAAGCGCACCUCGGGCCAGUCCUUCGAGGUCAUCCUCAAGCCCCCGUCCUUCGACGGGAUCCCUGAGUUCAACGCCUCCCUGCCCCGGCGGCGCGACCCCUCCCUGGAGGAGAUCCAGAAGAAGCUGGAGGCCGCGGAGGAGCGGCGAAAGUACCAGGAAGCAGAGCUCUUGAAGCACCUGGCGGAGAAGCGGGAGCACGAGCGGGAGGUCAUCCAGAAGGCCAUCGAGGAGAACAACAACUUCAUCAAGAUGGCCAAGGAGAAGCUGGCGCAGAAGAUGGAGUCCAACAAAGAGAACCGGGAGGCGCACUUAGCAGCCAUGCUGGAGCGCCUGCAGGAGAAGGACAAACACGCGGAAGAGGUGCGGAAAAACAAGGAGCUCAAGGAAGAGGCCUCAAGGUAAAGAGGCCGGGACGGCGGUGCUUGGGACUGACAGCUCCGGGGAAGCGAUGGCUGCCUCCGCGCGAGGCUGA